AUGGAGGAAAAAGUAGAGAGUGAAAACAGUUACAGUGGUGAGAGCAGCAGUAGCUCUUCCGAUAGUUCUAGUGGUAGUUCGGAAUGUGAUGAGGAAAUCACCGAGCCAGUUAGUAUUUUGGGGCACACCUUGGAACUUCCACAGGAACUCUGCGAGGAUUAUUCAAUAUUCAAAGAGUUCUUUUCUAUGAAGACUUGGGAAAGCUUAGAAGAUAAACAUAAAGAUUACCUCAAAGAAUUCCUGCCAACAUUUCCAGAAAACGAUGAAGAGGAGAAAGAGACAACAAUAAAAAUGCUAUUUAAUUUUGAACCAUUCCAUUUUAAAUCUCCCUUGAAUAAUUUUUUUGGUAAUCUGAGACAAGGGAAUUAUAGACCAGAUAUAGCUAGAAUGAGAAAGUUUUUGAAGAAAGCAAGAACCAAACAACAAAAACAUAAGACUAAGUCAUAUUAUGCAAAAAUGCUACCAGAUGUUCUAAUAUCUCGUGAGAGGUUAUUGGCCGCAGCAAAAGCUGGACCACCAGGCCCUAUUCCAUUCUUACCAGCUUUGCCUCCAAAACCUUCACAAAAAAAUAACUAUAAGCCAUUAUAUGUAAGAGCGAGGCAGAGAUAUUUUGAAGAAUUGGCAGCUAUUUGGAGUGAGGUAGGAGGAGAGGAAUCAGAAGAUGAAAAUUAUCCAGAAGGUCCACCAGAAAAUACAUUUAAAAAAAGAAAAACAAUGCAUUCUGGACAGAGUAUAGAUACAAAUGUAUCUGGCACAUUAGGAAUUGCAGAUCCAACACACCCGGCUUCAUUGGAUUGUUUAAAAACUGUUCUUGCUACUCAUAGAGCAAGAAGACAAUACAGAGAGAACCAUCCCGAACUAAAUACAACUGGAAUAACUUUAGAUGACAUCAAACAAAGAGUGUCUCUCAUGAAUGGGGCUAAAAAGCUUAUGUUUGGUGGUCAGAAAAACGAAGCACCUGUACAAAAAGUGAAAAAAGGCAAAAAGGAGAGUUAUCCAAAGCAAAAGCAAGAUAAAUCUGUAGUUAAAAAAAUAAAAGAGGAAGAGAGUGUUGAAAAUAAACCUUUAUUACCUAACAUUAAAAUAAAGUGUGAGCGAGAAGAAUCUGAUUCUGAAAGUUCUUCAUUCUUAGAUCCUGUUACAAGUCCUAAACAAACAAAUAAGAAGUUAUUAGAGCCUGUUGAAAUAAAGCAAGAAGUUUCUGAUACAAGUGUAAAUUGCCAUGAGAAUGACAUUGAGAGAGUGAUAAAGCAAGAGCCUCUAGAUUCUAUAUCUUCUAUACAAAACUCUUCUAGAAUAAGCCAACCAGUGCCCAUUAAAUUGGAAGAUUUAGAUGGAAUUGCCAUUUCAGAUAUGAUGGCAUUACCAGUGGAACUGGCAAACGAUUCAGGAGAAGUUCUGCCUGUGGAUACGUCUAAUGAGAACGAAGAGAAUCUUCUAGAACCCGAUGAAGCCUUGACAGAGACUACACAUGCAAACUUUUUGUCGCUCGUCCGUGCGUUGUUCCCGGCGAGAGCGGCACAUAGAGCGUCUAAACAGCAGCUGCAAUCGAGAUGUGCUGCUGUUAUGAGAUCUCCGAUAGCUCCUCUCAAUACUUGGUAUAAUUUGUCAGAUGACUGGUGUGCAGAGUUGAAUUCAGCUUUGGACUUUUUGGCCGGUGAAAGAGGGCCACAUCCAGAUGAUUUUGUUCCUUAUUUACAAUAUAUGCCAGAAACACAGAUGUACCAGUGGAUAGGCGCGGGCCGCGACUGCGACGCCAUCCUGGGCCGACUGUGCGAGCGCUGGCUGCGCGCCGCGUCGCCGCCGCCGCCGCCCGCCGACCCGCCGCCGCCCAGAUAUCCAACAUCGUGGGUCUUACGGCCGCCCACUGCCUCGGAGACAGCAGAGUUUCGUGCGCAAGAAAGAAAAAGAUUUGCCUCUGCGUCCAAACCUUUCACAUAUAUACAGUAUGGAUACCGGUCGGUGGUGGGCCCGGCGACGGGCGCGCGGUGCGCGGCGGCGGGCGCGGGCGCGGGCGCGGCGCUGCUGGCCCUGCAGCGCCCGCGCGCCGCCGCCUUCGUGCCGCUGCUGCGCGACGCGCUCGCCCGCCUGCCCAACGGCGAGGGCAGCCGCCGCGACAUCGUCAUGCUGCUCAAGAUGUCUCAGUUCAUAGUCCCGUGUAGUGAAACAGCGCUGUCAAGUGCUGUCGCAAGCGCAUUAGAACGCUUGUUGACGGUCAAACGGGACCCUAUUGUGAGGUUUGACCAGAGAACCGCUCUAUGGACUUACUUACAUAGACAUAAAAGCGAAGAAGAUUUUGCUAAGACUAAUGCUCGAAGCCGGAACAAAGCAAAUGUUUCUGCCCUUCCUGUGAAUUCUCCACAAACACAGAUGGAUUUAGACGUAGCGAAUACAGAAGAGGUGGGCGAUAACGCAUCAGACAGUGACGUGGACGUCGACGACACCAGCGCACCCUCCGCCAUACCUCAUCUCUCUUCUGCACAACUAUUAAUGCAAGCGACUCAAGCAACCAAUAAACAACCGACAACCAAACCCAAGGGGAAACUGGUUCCCAUUCCUCCCAAACCUAAAACUUCAGCGAAACUGCCCUCUCUAAUACAAACCAAACCGCAACCAAAGCCACAGGCAACCACACCAAAAGCAACCACUCCAAAGCAACCGCAAAAGCAAAGUCUGUUAACCACGAAAUCUAUGCCGGCUUUAGCAAAAAGUGUUCCGAAGCAAAGUAUGGUACAAUCGAAGCAAAUAGUGAAGCAAGGCGUUCAAUCUCCGAAGCAAACGCAAGCGAAACAAAGUAUUGUUGUGCAAACUGUCAAGCAAAAUGUGCCGCCAUUGACGAAGCAAAAUAGUGAUUCAAUAUUGCAAAUGUCCACUAGUUUGCCUUCAAUCGUUGUGGCGCCGCAACGGUCGCCGUUAAUGAAGCAAAAGUUGAAAGUCGAAUCGCCACAAGUACCGGUAACAUUGAACAUACCAGGCCAGCAAACGCCAUCAAUAUCGACCAUAAUGCCGCCCAAUGCUACAGUUUCGCAUCAUCAAACGAUAAAUCAAUCUGCCAAGAUGACGCAAGUGACCAGGUCUCUCUUAAUAAGGCCGCCCGCCGUGCUGACGGCGGCGUCGUCCGCGAGCGUGGCCGUCUGCACUCCCUCUACACAGGUAACGCCGAGUGGAAGGCGUGGAGUCGUCAGAGUCUUAAGUCCAGCAACUCCUUCGUCCGGGAAGAGUCUGAUAUCGCCCAGAGCUCUUAUGCAGCAAAGUACUUCAACAACUAAAAAACGACCGUCCAUACCUGGCACAACGUCUGUUACGACAAUAGCACAGAGCACCUUGAGUACAACAAAUGUAGUGUCCAGCAUACCGACGGCAGUGUCGUCUUCGGUCACGACCAGAACAGUGCAGUUGGCUGGCGGACGCACUGUGCAGCUCGCUACCAACCAAACUGUUCACUUACCCUCGGGACAAGCAGUGCAACUAACUUCAGGCCACACUCUGCAACUAUCUUCACUCCAGUUACCCACCCACAGUGUUAGACUCCCGAGCGGUCAAACUGUACAACUAGCGUCCCCACAAACUGUCAGGAUGUCAACAACACAAGUUAAAAACCCCAGUCCGAAAACACAAACAUCAUCACCAACUGUUAAGCCUAUGAACCAAUCUGUACAAAUUCCCGUAUCGACGGUUCAACUGGCUGGACAAACUGUUCAAAUAGCUGGUCAAACGGUUCAAUUAGCAGGUCAAAGCAUGCAAUUAACUGGGCACACUGUGAAGUUACCGAGUGGGCAAAGUGUGCAAGUGGCAAGUCAAAGUGUUCUACCUUCUCAAAGUGUACAAUUACCGAGUGGUCAAACAGUGCAAUUAGCAAGUGGCAACAUGCAAACCGUACAAUUAGGUCAAAACGUGCAACUUGGUGGUCAAACUGUUCAAAUGAGUGGUCAAAGUGUGCAAUUAGGUUCACAAACUGUUCAAAUAGGUGGCCAAACUGUUCAGUUAGCGGGUGGUCAAACGGUUACGUUGCCGAGUGGUCAGACUUUACAGUUGUCCAGUGGUCAAACUUUACAGUUAACUAGUGGUCAAACAUUACAAUUGGCAAAUCAGCAAACACCGAAGUCAAUAGCUCAAGUAGUUAGAACACAGCCUCCUGUAGAUAAACCAUCACAACCCAUAGUUGCUAAGCUGUUAACUAAUGCGCAGACGCAAAUGAUCUCGCUAGAGGGCAUGGUGGGCGGCGGCGCGCCGCGCGCGCGCGGCGUGCGCGUGCUGGCGCCCGCCUCGCGCCUCGCGCGCCCGCUGCUGCUCACGUCCGCCAAGCCGCUGCACAAUAUUAUUUUACAGCAAAGCGACGGCACUGCCAUACGAAUGACAUCAACCGGCGGGACAUCUACUUCACAAACUAUAGUUUUAAGCAAUUUAGGAGCGCAAACGGUCACGACUUCUUCCACAACAACGCCUGUAUUGAAACUGCAACAGGUUAAUCCAAUACAUCAGGUUAAACUACCGCAGACUAUUAAAAUCCAACAGGCUGUAUCGAGUCCUUCAGUUGCGACAUCUAGCGGUGUAAGAAGCGUUUUAAUGGACGGUCAACAGUUGAAGUUAGUUGGUGGCCGUCACGUGCUCGCCAGAUUACUGAAACCCGCCCAUCCGCCGCCA